ACAAGUACUUUAGUUACAUUGUUGGGCGAGUUUGCAACAACUCCCUUCGCCUCGGCCUUGCGCACACCCUGUGGGACUGGAUUUGCUCCUCGCCGUUGCCCGUGGGGGUCUGGCUAAACGUAGGGAGGGGGCUCAGAAGGGUAAAGAACAAUCAGCCAAAGCAAAAAUCCGAGAAAAUCUGUCGGCCCCCCUCCUCGCCCCCUUCUGCUUCGGGCUUGAGCGCCCCCCCCCUUUCUGGUUUGUGCCGCGCGCCGUGGGGGUUUCUGCCUCCCCCUUUCCGCCUCCGAUCUUCAGCACAAACCGCUCGGGCAUGAGUUAAACAGCAGAAAUGGACACCAAACAUUUCCUGCCACUGGAUUUUUCUGCCCAAGUCAAUCCCACCUCCCUGAGCUCUCCAACUGGCCGGGGGCCUAUGACCACACCUUCCCUCCAUCCAUCCAUUGGGCCUGGCAUCGGCUCCUCCUUGGGGUCCCCAAGUCAACUCCACUCGCCCAUCAGCACCCUGAGUUCGCCCCUCAAUGGCCUGGGGCCUCCGUUCUCAGUCAUCAGCUCUCCCAUGGGCACUCACUCGAUGUCUGGACCAUCCACACCAAGCCUCGGCUUUGGCACUGGCAGCCCACAGCUCAAUUCCCCCAUGAAUCCAGUGAGCAGCACAGAGGACAUUAAACCCCCUUUGGGCCUCAACGGAGUUCUUAAAGUGCCAGUGCACCCUUCAUCAGCCAUGACCUCUUUCACCAAGCACAUAUGUGCUAUUUGUGGGGACAGAUCUUCAGGUAAACAUUAUGGUGUGUACAGCUGUGAGGGUUGCAAAGGCUUCUUCAAGCGGACAGUGCGCAAAGACUUGACAUACACCUGCCGUGAUAAUAAGGACUGCUUGAUUGACAAGCGCCAGCGGAAUCGGUGUCAGUAUUGCCGGUAUCAGAAAUGCCUUGCAAUGGGCAUGAAAAGAGAAGGGAUGGAGCACCAUCCAUCCCGGCCCACAAGACUCCCAGGAAGGCAGGAAGAACAAGCGGUUCAGGAAGAGAGGCAGCGAGGGAAAGACCGCAACGAGAAUGAGGUUGAGUCAACGAGCAAUGCAAAUGAGGACAUGCCUGUGGAGAAGAUUUUAGAAGCUGAGCUUGCAGUAGAGCCAAAGACUGAGACGUACAUCGAAGCAAACAUGGGCCUGACUCCAAACUCACCCAAUGACCCAGUCACCAACAUAUGCCAAGCAGCUGACAAGCAACUCUUCACCUUGGUGGAGUGGGCCAAGAGGAUUCCCCAUUUCUCAGAACUGCCGUUGGAUGACCAAGUAAUCUUGCUCAGGGCUGGUGAGUCAGGUUGGAAUGAAUUACUUAUCGCCUCCUUUUCUCACCGAUCCAUAGCUGUAAAGGAUGGAAUCCUUCUUGCCACCGGCCUCCAUGUCCACCGGAACAGCGCCCAUAGUGCAGGAGUUGGCGCCAUCUUUGACAGGGUACUGACAGAACUUGUGUCCAAAAUGAGGGACAUGCAGAUGGACAAGACGGAGCUGGGGUGCCUCAGAGCCAUUGUCCUCUUCAACCCUGAUUCCAAAGGUCUUUCCAGUCCUACGGAGGUUGAGGCUCUGCGUGAGAAGGUGUACGCUUCGCUUGAGGCCUACUGCAAACACAAAUACCCUGACCAGCCGGGGAGGUUUGCCAAGCUUUUGCUUCGCCUCCCUGCCCUUCGCUCUAUUGGCCUGAAAUGCUUGGAGCAUCUCUUCUUCUUCAAACUAAUAGGCGAUACACCAAUUGACACCUUCUUGAUGGAGAUGCUGGAGGCACCCCACCAAAUGACUUAAAAGAGGGCCUCUGGCCUGAGUUCCCAGCAGGCUCCUCACCACAAGACCUCCCUUUCUUCUGCCACUUUCUCCCUGGUGCAAGAGACACUGCCUGCUGACCUCUGCGUGACACAGCACCCAGCCACACUGUUGACUGAACCCUUUCCCUGGUUUUGCUGUCUCUGCUGCAUAUGAAGAUCUGAGAACAGGCCUGUUGCAGAGGUAGAGACCAUGGGUUUCAACUACACCAAAGUCCACCACCACCACUCACCUGACCCCUUUUUCCUGGGCACAGAUGGAUUUCAAAGUAGCCUGGCAUUUGGUCCACUCUCAUCUCCCCCAUUUUAUGGCUGUUGUCCCCCCCCCCCCCACACACACACACACAUACACACACCGAAUUAUCUGAUCUGAGAGGACGAACAGGAUUUGCCAACUACCUGGCAGAUGGAUGAAUGUUGGGGAGAAUUAAGGGAUGCUGUGUUUUUGCCCCAGUUUAGAAACAAAAAUGAUCUUGUUUCCUGUUUAGUGUUUUAAACAUCUCAAAAGGGGAUGAGGUUAAAGUCUGGCUGAGUUGGAAGGAAUCUUCUAGUGCUGUCUUUGAAUUAAGAGUAAGUGAUGAUCAGAAAAGGGCCAUGCUCAAAAGUUGGAAUUCCCCAGAAGUGUAAAGGGCAGGGUUACAAUCUCUCUUGGGGACGGGGAGGACAAGGGUAAAGUGUGUGUGUGUGUGUGUGUGUGUGCAUGUGUGCACGCUAAAAUGAAAUCCUGUCAUUAGCAGAUCCAGCCAGUCUAAUGGCAGACCAACUGGAAUGUGCAAAGGACAGUCUGGGCAGCUGUAAAGUAGCUGCAAUGGUCCAUGUUGAAUGCCACUGGCCAGCAUCGCUCUUGCACAACACCGUCAUUUUCUGAGGGGCUCUUGCAAAAGAAGGUUCCCAUUGUGGUCAUCCCAUUUCCUCCCUUCUUUAAGCUUCUUCCCUGUAGAUUUGUUCACUUUUUGCUUUAAACAGACCCUCUGCUUUUGCCACUGACUUUUGGUAACAGUGUGCUUAGUGGGUGCAUGCCACCAGGCUAAUGACUCAUGUGUCGGCACUUCUCAGCAACGUUCUUUGUUCAGGACAAUUGUGGCCCUUUGUUGGGUGGCCCUUGAGUCUGGAAAACUGAUUGGUGGACUCCUGGAGUGUCAGUGAGAGCCCACAAAGUUUUUGAUGAGCUCAGUCCAGCCCAGGCAGCGAGAGUCUCUCUCCGCCCAGUGAAUGCCCUAAUGCCCUUGGAAAUGGUGAGGGCCCCUCCCACGUAGCCACCCUUCCAAUCAGCCUCUCUGGACUCCUAUGGUGGGAAGAGAGGCCUGUUCCAGAGGCCAGUGGAUAAGGAGAGAUUCCUCCCCUUUCUCAUGUUUCCUCUCUCUCUACUGUUGCUUAAUUUGGAAACUUAAAAUUUGGCACUUGGAAGGCAUCUUGAGUCCCUCACAGAACUAAGAGCCAACAUAAUUCCUCAGACCUAAGUGCAUGUGGUAGCUAAAUGAAACAUUCAUGUUCAUAGGCAGUCUACCAUGAAGCAUCAGAUCACGGGGUCCAGCCAUGGGAAGGAGCUGUUGCCUUCAUGUCCUGAAUGUUAGCUUCUGAGAGGUGUCUUGGUCAGUCACUGUUGCAACACGGAAACUGAAUAAGAUGGACUUUUGUUGAGGUGUGGUUUUUUGCAGUCUUGUCUAGGCUGUUCCAGAUCUCAAGGCACUUUCAGAAGAAGCAUUUGAAACGGAAACAAAAGCCACCGCUGCCCAACUGUUCCAGAAGAACACAGUCCAUUGUCUUGUCAGAUAUUUUGGAGAUCCCAAAAAGAUCUGUGGCACUCCAGAAGGGCACAUUAGUGCAGGGUUAUAGUAAUAAAAUGGUGGCCUGUUAAGAGGGAAUGUAACAAAUCGUGACAGAAAAGAGCCCUCGCCAAGGUGGUGUGUAUUCUGCACAGGCUCAUGAUCUUAGCUUUUGAAGAAUCUCAGCUGUCUUGUUUCGAGAACAGAGUGAAUGUCUGUCCCCUUGUUCUGCAGAGGUUGGAGUGCAUUUCAGGGAAUAGGAACCAAGCCGUUGCCUCCAAAGGCUGCUGUAUUGCCUGGGGCACUUGCCUCCUAAAGGAAGUUUUCCUCUCCUUCUAAAGCAUAAAAUGCAGUGAAGGACUGGGUUGAUUUUUGCAGGAAGAAAAUGGCUAUUUGUAGUAGGUUGGGCCUGGGCCAUGAAGGUGGGGGGACUGUGCUUGGCUCCUCUCUCGGAGUUUCCCGGGGCUGCUUGUUUGCUCCCUGUGUCCUUUUUUCUUUUUAAAAAGGACUCCUGGUGUUUUCUAAAAACAUUUCAUCUCUCUUCAGCAGCCCUUGCCAUCAGUCACAGCUGGCCCUUUAAACAGAAGUGUUAUGCAGUUGUCCCACUCUGGGAUGCAUCUUUUGAGGUGCUCCUCCUCGGAGGUCCAGCUCUGUCAUCUCGCCAUGUAGGAAAUCUCCAUCCUCCAGAGUGGCGUGUCUGUUCCUUAGGACGGCAGGCCAGGGUGUUCUCCCCCACCCCGAGUUUGGCCUUGGGCCUCUCCGCCAAGUGGGCCCAUUUCAUCAUCUGAACCACUUUUUGUCCUGACAACUGGAGGAGGUUUCCUUGUCAACAACAAGCAGCAAGACGUGCUUGUCCCAGAGUUCAGGGAUGUGUUCCAAAAGUCUUGCUUUCUGGGACCCAAAGUGGAGUCUGGGGAGCAGCCCUGGAAUCUGGAGCAGGAAAGAACUUAAGGCUCCCAAUGGUCUGAUACGGGGAGCAAGUUUCUGUUUGGAGUCACAAACACCCAAUACCUCACCUUCAAGAAUUUUAGGUUGGUUCUGGAUCCAGGAGUGUAGGAUAGGUUAACUUGUCCUCUCGGUUUCCGGCUUUGCCACAUCAUAAAGGGCUCACUGACAUGGUUCUGCUUUGGUGCAAGGAGAUUUGCCUACCUUGGGAGUGCUGCUAGGGCAAUUUCCAACGCUCACAAUGUCCACACAGACACCCAUCCAUGUGCAGUAGACAGGAGCUGCUGUCCUGGUUUGGGGCAGGUGUGCAAAUUCUGGUGCCCCAUGGUUUCAAUCCCUUCCCAGAGGUUAUGCAAAGCAAAUGCCAAAGCCCUGCACAGACUCAGCCCAAAUGCAACCUGGAAGCUGGUUCAGCGCUGGCUGUUUGACACCCUCCUUUGCAUUAUCUUUCCUGCUUUUCAUUUUUGGUAUUGCUUCUGCUGCUGCUGUCAGCCCACAGUGAGGGCCAAGCUGCCCUGGGGGUGAGCUCUUUUUUUGGGGGGGGGGUCCUGCUUGCCAUAGAGGUGGGCCAGCGGUUGUCUGCAAGGGCUCAGCAAUGAGAAGCCCUUGCUUGAAUGGUGCUUUCAAAUAUGUAAGAAGGAGGCAAAGGCGCAAUGCAGUCAGGAGUCGCUUUUUCAAACAAAAUGAAUUAGAUGUCACCAGAUCUGCCCACGGAAGCACCAACUCUACUUUGUGCUCUCUGCUGCCAGGCAGGCAGCUGCUGAACUUGAGGGUCCCAAAUGCUGGCCCAACCACAGGUCACCUCCAGCAAUCUGCAGAACCAUCAGCCUCCUGCCUCCUUGGCUGCUGAAACUGCAGGGCCUCAGUACUGGGGGGCAGGAAGCAGAGCAGUUCAGCAUGAUGGUGGAGGGGGGUCUUUCUCGCAAGAGCUAGGCUAUGAGCAGCUCCUUAUAAAGUAAGUUGUGGGAAACCUGACAGGCUUCUGCACAAUCUCUUCUUAUGACAAAGAGCCAAAUGCUUGCAGUGCUUUGUGCUUAAGCAAAACUGUGAGCUACCCCUCCCGUUGCAUUUGGGAUCCCUCCUCAUGAGACAUGCCCCUGUGCUGGUGCAGGAUCAUUGCACCAAGCAGGCCUCCUUCCCUCCUGCUGCUUGGUCCGCCCACCCAGAUGCCCCAUUCUCCAGAAUGGCUCCUCUGUCUGGAGACCUGAGACGAGGAGGGCAGGGCGCAUUGGAAGAGGAGACCUGCGUGCGUGCAUGUGCAUAUACAUGUAUGUAGUGUAGAUAUAUGCACUGUAUAAAUAUUCUCAUUCAUCAUAUACAUAUAUUUUACCCAUAGCAAUUACAGACUUUAGUGUUAUUUUUUUGUUCCCAGUUUUUUCUCCCAAGUCUUGGUUUUCCACUCAUUUUUAUGUGCUUUAUAAAAGCAAGCAUUGGAAUAUCCCUUCCUGCCCCCAGUCCCCCUGGAUGGCAGGUGCCGAAAGCAGAUCUGUGCAACCCCAGGGAAUUGUUGCAUCUAUUUUAGGAUGCUUUGGGAGGAGGGUGUGUAUGGGGGGGAGGGGGGAAAGCAACGGGUGGGCUAAACCAUGGCUUUAGCAUUUCCCAACACAUAGAAAAUGGAUGCCUUUGCUAUGGAGUGCUUAGCGAAAAUGAAAUUUAGAAAGGAUGACAAAAAAAUUAAAGAUUUUUUUAAAGGCAAACAAAAUAUCUUAAGUGACAAUAAAGCUAAAUAUCUAUUUUUGUACAAAUGUAAUUUUAACCCAUACAUAUUCUUACAUAAAUUGGGAGGAUUCUUAUUGGUGGGGGGGGGGGGAGUGCUGUUUCUCUGCUAUUAUAAAAAGUGUCCUGAAUUGGCCACUUUCAUGUUCAGCCCACAAUGGCGCAGGGACAAACCUUUGUACUAAUGGGAAACAGCUUUGCCCAGACUCUCUUCAGAGGUCAUUUUUUUCACCGAGUUGAGUGGAUUUUUACUUUCCCUGCUACUCUUUGAAAACUAGACACGGUCUUCUGUUGUGCCCCCACCCCCAACGCCACCUUCAGCAUUACCCUGCAGGUCUACUCUACUGUGAAAUCACUACCAUAUAUUAUUGUUCACUAAAAAAUAAAGUUAAACAAAAAUUCUGCUGAAAAUUGCAGUAUUUUGAACAAAUGUAUUAGAAUUGUUUUUUUAAAAGUAAAAGAAAAUAUAUGAGCAUUUUAAAAUCAAAUCCAAUUCUACCUAAUUUUUUAUUCUGUGUUGGGUAUUCUGGUUUUUUGUGUGUGUGUUCUGUCCUCCAGUUCAUCUUUGGAAGAGCAGCUCUAACUAGGCUGUUCAUAAUCCUAAUGAAGUCUAUUCAGUGGGGCUAACUCCCUGGAAAGUGUUCUUAGGAUUGCAUUGUUGCUUACAGAGUGAAGUUUGAAAAUGUAUGAGAAUUAGAAACAUUACUAUUUCAAAAAAAAAAAAGACCAAAUCAACACAGCCCUCGGAGAGCAACCCCUCCUGUCUCUUUGCAGACAUUUUGAAGGUUGGCGGCAGAAUUGGUGGUGCUCCAAGAUUCCCAGUGUUGCAAAGGAGACUCGUUGCAAUUUUGGGAUCCGUUCCAGCAGGGGAUCCUGGGCACAUGUCUGGGGCUGCACCCUAGAGCCUCAGCUCUUUGCGAAUUGGCUGCAGAGUCAGGCCAAAGGAGUAGCAGCAAAACUAAACUAGAGCCCAUGACACCUUAGAGGCUAACAAAGUGUGUGCUUUGUCUUCUGGGCAACAGUUAAUGCAGUGUUUUGAAGGUGUUUAAGUUUAAAAUUUGAAAAAUGACUUAAAAAAGACUAGAAUGCCCCCCCCCCCGAGCUGGAGUUUGGAGAAUGAUGCUGGUUUGGGAGCAGAGCCCAAGCAGAACUCUGAGGGGCAGCUAAAGAAUCUUGGGCAGAACCUGCUACGGCCCUUUGAGCCCCUGUCCACCUGUCCCCUACCUUUGCUCACACAAAAGGUAGCCUUUCUGGUGGCAGUCACGUCCUCUAGACGUGUUGGGGAGCUGUCUGCCCUGCGGUGUGACCCUCCCUUCCUACAGUUUUUCCCUGCUACGGUCAUGCUCCACGCUAGCAUGGAAUUUCUACCCAAGGUGGUCUCUAAAUUUCACCUGCAGCAAAAGGUGUUCCUCCCUUCCUUUUUUCCGACACCCUCGUCCCCAGGGGAACGGGCACUGCACACAUUGGAUGUAAAACGUGCUUUAUUGUUUUAUUUGCAUCGCACCAAAUGUUUCAGGAAAUCUCCUGCUCUGUUUUUGUGUUACUCUGGCCCUUGCAAGGGCUCACCUGCCUCUGCCCAGUCCAUCUCUCGCUGGAUUGUGUCUACAAUUAAACUUUGUUAUCGGCAAGCUGGA